UGGAUGGGCUGGGCACCCCGAGGACUGGCAUUUGGGGUGGUAAUGAGAAGGAACAUUAGGGGCCUCUGCCUCUUUCCUUCCUCUCCUCCUGUGCUGAGUCAGUCAGCACAGAGGCUGCAGGAGGUAUCUCUGGUUGGCUCGGGCUGCCUGUGGGGGACACCGCUUUGCGGAGGUCAGAGGGCUCUCUCCUGAGCCGCUCUCAUGCCCACAAUCACAUCUGCCUGAUGUCUGUGAAUGGCCAUUGGAGUCUCCUGGGCCCUGCUCACCUUUUGGUCACCUCUGGCCUGCCCUGCACCGACCAAUAAUUGCUUGAUAACUGGAGUUACUGGAAUUCACUGAACUUUAUUGUUCUUGGUAGGAAUCAAAGAUCAACUCCCACUGAGGACAAAUGGACCUGUAAUUCCGGGUGUGACGAGAGAACGGGAUUUACCUUCCUGAAUUAAAAAGCAGGUCAUUAAGCUUGGGCCCUGACUUUUCUUUGUGAGAAGGUACAGAGAUGGAAACCUUACAAUCCGAGACUAAAAAGAGGGUCCUUCCCUCAUGGCUGACAGCCCAGGUGGCUACCAAGAAUGUGGCACCAGCGAAGGCCCCCAAGAGGAUGAGAAUGGCAGCAGUGCCGGUGGCAGCAGCAAGGUGCGACAACCCUGGUCAGACGACUCCUGCAACUCUGAGCAACUAAGAGGUCUUUCUUGGCUCUAUGAGAACCUGGUGGGAUUCCUGAAGAUAAAGUCCAUGAAAGUGAAGCUCCAUACAAGACUAUGGCCACCAGGAGUUUCUCACUUUCAAGCUAAUGUGCACUCAGCCUCUGGCAAUUUGUUAAAAUCACUGUUUAAAUGUUCCUACCAGUUUAUGAUUCUAGCAGCUUCUGCUUCAGACAAGCAGAUCUCAGCGGUGACUCCCUGGAUUCGUCUGUCUCUUCAGAUUUCAGGGUGAAGGUUUACUUGUCAGCCUCUGUUCUCUGAUGGAUCCAAUAAGUUGCUGAUUUUUAGUUUGUUCGGCUUUUUCUUGUAAGGACAGGAAUGUUGACUUUCAAGCUUUAUUCAUGUUGGAGCUAAAACGAGAAGGCCCCUUACUGUCUGCUUAAACAGUAAGUCUAUGUUUUCUUCUAAGAGUAGUUUUAACUCCUACAUUUGUUUCUAUGAUCCAUUUUCAAUUAUUUUUAGUGUAUUAUAUAGGGAACAGGGCCAACUUCAUUAUUUUGCAUGUAGAUAUCCAGUUGUCCCAGUACAAUUUGCUGAAAAGACUAUUUUUUCCCCCAUCCAAUUGUCCUAGCAUCUUUGUUGAAAAAUCAAUUGAAAUAUAUAUAAAGGUUUAUUUCCAUAUUUUCAAUCCUAUUUCAUUUAUCUAUAUAUUUACCCUAAGGCCAGUACCACACAGUCUCGAUUACUAUAGCUUGGUAAUCAGUUUUGGUAUCAGGAGUCCUCAAACAUUGUUCUUUUUAAAAAUUGCUUUGGUUAUUCUGGGUCCUUUGCAUUUCCAUAUAAAUUUCAGGCUUGGUUUAUUAGUUUCUGCACAAAAGGUCGCUGACAUUUUGAUAGGGAUUGCACUGAAUCUGUCAGUUUGAGGAGUAUUGCCAUCUAGCAAUAUUAAAUCUUCUGAUCCAUGACCAUAGAGUUAUCUUGCCAUUUAUUUAGAGCUUCUUUAAUAUAGUUCAACUGUUUUUUGUAGUUUUCAGUUUAUAAGUCUUCUACUUCUUUUGUAAAAUUUAUUCCUAAGUAUUUUGUUCUUUUUGAUGCUAAUGUAAAUGGAAUUGUUUUCUUAAUUUCAUUUUCAAAAUGUUCAUUGCUAGUGUAUAGAGGUUUAUAACAGGUUUUUGAAGAUGUAAUUCACAUACCAUACAGUUCAUUCAUUACAACUGAUUUUUGCCUAUUGAUCUUUUAUCCUGCAACCUUGUUGAACUCAUUUAUUAGUGCUAAUAGUGUGGUAUGUGUGUGUGUGUGUGUGUGUUCCUUCAGAUUUUCUGUAUACAAGAACAUGUAUUCUACAAAUACAGAUGGCUUUGCUUUUUUCUUUCUAAUCUGGAUGCCUUCUAUUUUUAUUUAUUUUUUUGCCUUAUUGCCCUGCCUAAGCCUUCAUUAUAAUGUUGAAUAGAAGUGUUGAGAGUGAAUAUCCCUGUCUUGUUCCAGGUCUCAGGGAGAAAAGCAUUUAGUCUUGCACUACCAACUAUGACAUUAGCUGUAGAAUUUUUGAAGAUGGCUUUUUUUUUUUGGUAGAGGAAGAUUCUAUCUUUCCUAAUUUGUUCAGUGUCUCUUUUUUAUCAUGAAAAAAAUGUUGGAUUUUGCCAGAUACUUUUUCUGCAUCUAUUGAGAUGACCAUGUGUCUUUUUAUUUAUAUUCUAUUAACAUGAUAUAUUAUAUUGUUUAAUUUUCAUAAUUCCAUAUGUUAAACUAACCUUGCAUUUCUGGGAUAAAUCCUAUUUGGUCAUUGUGUAUAAUCCCUUUUGGUUUGCUAGUAUUUUGUCUUACUUUUUCAUUCUAAUUCUUAGUAGAUAUAGAAGUUGGUUUAAAAAAAAGUUCAAUUUAUUUGGUCCCUGAAACCUUAACAAUUACCUUUUCUGAGGAACCUUUUCUGAUUUGCUCCUACACACAAACAACUCCCAUGUAAUCCCAUAACACAGUAAGUAGUAUUUGUUUCAUAUUACUAUGUCUAUUGACUUGUCACCCACUCUGCUAUAUUUUAUUUACCGUUGUACCCAAGUAUCUAGCACAACCACUCACUAUUACAAGUUGGCACCUCUGGGAAGGAGAGAAACAUCAGAUUGUUUUAAAAGAACGUGAACAACAAUGGAAAGAUUAUGUAACAAAGGUUGAAUAUAAGAGAGUGGCUAAACCAUAGAGUAGUUUCAGGAUGAUUAAACCUCAAAUAAACUAAGACUUGAAGAAAAUGUUGACAACAAAAUUUUACAUAACUAUAUUUAGAAUAAAAAUAUACCAGUGAA